CGCGUGCUCCACUUUUCAGGUCUCGUACGCGUCGCCAUUGCACGCCUGAACCCAGCACUCGCACGCCAGCCUCCAGACACUCUCUGGUUCCCCCUGCACAGCUUUGCGCGACAGAUAGGAGCUCAUAGCUACAGAGAGGCGCAUCUUGCUCAGUGGGCGCAUCAUGCUCCGCAGCCGGCGCGGCAUCGUUAUCCUAGCUUGCCUCUUCGCGACCGCCGACGCGCUGGCGAAAUGGAACGUGGCGCUCAACCUCGGCCGCGAGCCGGGCAGUUCGAUGCCCGAGAGCUGGGCGGCGAGCGGCGCGCGCUUCUUCCUGCAGACGCAGAUCGAGUUCGGCGACGAUCCUGCGGCCGAGGAGCCGUUCCUCGGCCGCGGCCGCGCGCCGCGCUGCGUCACUGCGGAAAGCGCGUCUUUUACCGGCGUCGGAGGUCGGCGGGAGGUGGCCGUCGGCAGCGGGGCAUGGGUCCUGGCGCGCGAUCGGGCACCAAGUGUGCUGCGCUUCUGGCUCGACUUUUCGGGGGCGACGGACGUCGAGUCGCGCGGCGUCGCGCUCCCGGCCGAGAAGCUCUACUUCACGGCGUCGGCCUUCGACGCGGCUGACGUGGCCGACGCGCGGCGCGACUUGCUACCGGCGAAUCAGAAACGGGCGGCGGCGCAGGCGGAGGUCGACGAGGUCCGCGAGGGCCCGAACCUGUUCGCGCUUGCCAAAAAAAUGGACGCCCUCGCCGCGGCGCAGUCGGCCGUCGAGCGCGUCGAGGAGCGCCUGCCGAAGGUGCGGGACCCGAACGCGGGCGCGCUCCCGGGCGAGGCCAAACUGUUCGUGGACCAGGGCCCAAUCAGCGUCAAGCGACCAGGGCUCUUCGGCCCGUUCUCGCGCGAGAAGUACUUCAUCGUCGGGACCUUCUCGCUGACGCCCGUGCUCGAG